GUAAAUUGUAGGGGUUCAAACAACUAUUUCCGCUGUAAUUCUACAAAUGUUGGAAUUUCCCUUUAGUUAGUCAUUUGCUUUGAUAUAAAUGGUUUUAUAAUUGAGCAUUUCAAGUAUGCUCUGCAUUAUUCAUCCCAACCUCCGAAAGAAAUAAUCAGCUUUUGUAGCAUGAUUCUCACGAUAAAUUCUGUCUGGAGAAUGUGUAAGGUUACUUAGGAAAGCAAGAACUGAGCUAUGUCUCUUGCUAUUGUUUUAUACACUUUCCAAGGAAGAGCUGUGGAUGAGCUUUCAGUUGAAAAAAACGAGAUAUUGGACGUUGUCGAUAACAAUGAUGAAAACUGGUGGAAGGUGAGGAAUCUGUAUGGUCGAAUUGGAUUGGUGCCUGUAAAUUACUUGGCAGCCCCCCUUCCUGACCGAGAAAUUGCGAUCAUAUCUCGCGGACGAACCUUAGCUAGAUAUGAGAGCGAAGACGAAAAUGUACUAUCAGUUUACAAAGGACAACAAGUUACGAUUUUCGAUAAAAAUGAUGACUAUUGGUGGUACGUUGGAAUCAAGGGGCGAAUUGGCUACCUACCUAAGAAGAUAAUAAAAGAUUUAAAACAAUCUAACGGAAACGAUGAACAAGAACAAAAAAAGUUUUCAUUACAAGAAAUUGUGCCUUCAAAAGCUUUAUGUGACGAAGAAACUGCUGUCCUUUUCUCGUUUCAAAAACCUCUUCCAACAAAGGGGCAAUAUUUAUUUACCUUUAAAGGCGAACAUAGCGAAUUAACUGUUCUUGGUAAACUGCUCAAUACUUUCACCUUAAAGAUCAGCACGCCAAUUUAUUAUCCUGCAGAAAAAACAAAAGUGACUAUUACUUAUCAACAAUCUGGAUCCCCACAGCAGCUCAUCGCCAAGGGAAUUGAUUUCAUGUUCGAAUCUAAUACAGAUAUCGUUUGUCACAUAUUAGAAGGGGGAAGAGUUUCUUUGGAUUUUGUUCAACAGCUACUUGAAGGCAUUGACAGCAGAAAGUUUGAGGUGCCAAAAAAACAAAAAGACCUGAACAAAGACGAGGAUUUUUACGAUGACGUGCCUUUUAUAACUGAGAUCAUGGAAAAGUGUUAUGACAGAUACAUUAUCGACAAUUAUCAGUAUACUCCCAUGGCCAUGAACGUUGACGAAGAAGUAUAUGACGACUUGAAAAGUAUUGAUGACAACAGGAAGGAUAGAGGAUUAAAUGUUAACCAAAGAAUGUCAGAGGAAGAGGUUCUACUUGCUCUUCUUGCAAAGUGCGUGAAAGCAAAACGCAUAACAGAAAUACAGGCACAACAAAUAGCAAAGACAUUGUGUUUUAAGACGGGCGCUUAUCAAAGAACAGAAAAUUUUUACAAACUUUCCGCCCCUGGCAAUCAGUAUUAUUUUACAAAAGUGGAGCCAGUUUACGAAGAUAUCGAAGAUGAUAACGAACAAACCAAGUCUAGCUGCACUAAGUGGGUCAACAACGUUGAAGUCUUUAAAGACAGGUUUCUCGACGAAGAAUACAAUCUUCGAGACGACAUACAUGACAUAUUGAAAAAUUUGCCGUGGGUUUGUGAAGCUUAUGGUCUACUGGGUCCAAACGAAAACAUGCCUUAUGAACAUUUGUAUGUCACAGUUGAUAACGUAGAAAGAAAAUCAAAAGAUAUUUUGAGAAAAGAAAUUGAUGAUGUGUUUGGUUGGGAAGCUUCGUUUUUUAUUGAAAUCAAGAAUAAACCAUCAAAAGCAGUAAAGUUUCGACUGUUAUCUAACCUCCGCCCUGAGGAUAGCACGUUGCCAUUCAAUGGCGAUAUUCACAUUCAAAAUAACGAUAGUUUUCAUAACGAUGAUUUUCACGUGAACAGCAGCUCUCACGGUACUUUAACAAUGUUCUGUCGUAACAAAGAAAACUAUUAUGUAUUGACAUGCGCUCAUGUUGCGCGAAAUGAAAAUGAUGGGAACAAAUAUUUUUAUCAGCCACCCAACUGUAACAAAGAAAAACCACUUGCACUUGGUACUUUUCCCUGUAACACGAUCAAUAAAUAUAACAGUGAAGCAGAUAUCAUGUGUAUUCCAAUCGGUAAGAAAGAAGAUUUUCAGCGUCUCGGUGGAAAUGAAAUGAAGAGUCUUGCCUUGAAUUUGAAAGAAACAAAUGAAGAACUUUACGAAACGGCAAAAAGCAAGAAAGGAGUUGUGGAAGUGCGAACAAGUAAUCAAAUUACGGGCUAUAUAAGUGAGCGAAAUUUUUCUUUCAUUGACAAAAGUUCGAAAUUUAUUUUCAAAAAUGCUGUGAAAAUAAAAAGUCGUAAUCCAUUUCUGCAGAAUGGUGACUCAGGAAGUCUCGUUUAUUUCAAAGAUCGAGUAAAUGUUUGGCGGCCUUUUGCUUAUGCCGUGUGCAAGAUCGAUGAUGAUGAUAAUGGCGAUGAUGAUGUUUAUGAAUACGAUAAUUAUGAAGAUGCCGAGAAAUACUAUUUGUGUUUAAAAUUGGAUAAAGCUCUGAAGAUGCUUGAUUUUAAGAACUCUGAGUACUUUCACAACAAGUAUCUCGUAACAUGAAAGCUUAUUGCGAUAUUUUUAAAAUUGUUUUUAGUUUUGCACUCAGCUAUAUUAACCAGUCAUAGUAUCGAAUCUCAUGAUAAAUUAUUUUAAUUGAGAAACUGCAUUUUUGAAUGAAGAAACCGUUUUCUGUAAUAAUGAAAAUUUGCAAAAAUUGUAAGACAGUGUGUAAGACCAAUUGUAUGCAGGAGUAUUUUCUCCCAAAACUAUAAGCUUAUGAAUAACCGUAGUUUUCUAUAGUAAAUCUACAUAUAAAGUGAACCUAAGAAUAACUCAGUAAAAAACUAAAAAUUUCCACAAACUAUAGAGUCGUAAAACACAAUUUUGUGAGCUUUAAAAGAAUUGCAAUAUAUUUAGGUAAAAAACUGUGUCGCAACAUUUUUCGCAACAAAUUCCUAAUAAGAUCAAUAUAUUAGCUAUUUCAGUUUAAAACGGUUUUUAUCAGCAUGCAUCUGAUUCACUAAAACUAACUCUAGUCAUCUCCUAAGUUGAAUCUUUCUUUAGAUCAUUAACUGUUUACUUUAUAGAAAGAUUUGUUGAACAUGAAUUCAACAAUUCUAAUGUUUACGGUAUUUUUCAGAUACACAUCUACCCAAUAAUAAAUUUUAAAAUUUGA